AUGGCAGACCCGCUGUACGAGCUGCUGAUACCAUACUUUGACGCGCAAGAUGCCCGAUUGCGCCCAUCACCCAACGACACUGUCACCAACACAUAUCUCGCACGCCUCACGACGCUGCCACUAGAUGCCCUCACUUCCUCAGAGCAGCAUUCGCUGUCACAGAGCUCGCAGUCCGUUCUUCGUUCGCUCCAAUCGCUCUCCAAACGCUCCCACAAGCCCAUCAUAGCCUCCACCGACCACCUACUGCACCUCCGCGACACGUUGCCCCAACUCGGCAAAGAUGCAGGCACGAUACAGGCGGAGCUGCCCAAGCUGGAAACAGCUGCACAGACCUUCUCGGAGAAAUACAGCAAGAGCUCGGAGAAUGCCAUACUCGACCGGCGGAGAAAAGCCAUGCUGCUGGCGAGGAACGUAGACCGCGUCACGGAUGUGCUCGAUCUGCCCACCCUCCUGUCCACGGCCAUUUCCUCUUCAACAGCUGCAUCACAAGCCACCACUUCGACCGCCACCUCCAAUGCCAACUAUGCCUCGGCUCUGGACCUCCAUGCCCACAUCAAGCGCCUGCACACCCUCUACCCUGACUCGCAGCUCAUAUCCUCCUUGACAACCCAGGCUGAGCAAGAGAUGAAGACUAUGACGUCGAACCUUAUAAGUUCAUUACAGUCCCAAGGCAUCAAACUGGCAGGUGCAAUGCGUACCAUUGGCUGGUUGCGACGAGUGGCUCCUGAGCUGGACGAGUCUUGGUCAACGAAGCAGACCAGCAUCGGCAGCGGAGAGGGCAGUCUUGGUGCGCUGUUCCUAGUAUGCCGUCUAGCUUGUUUGGAGUCGAUGCUGACCGCCCUGGAUCCGCUACGUGAGCUCGCAGACCAAGAGUCAGAGCGACGAAUUAAAGGCACAGCCAAAGGAGACGCAGGCUGGGCAGUGGGCCAGCAGACGGAAAAGUAUCUGAAAAAGUACCUCGAAAUCUUCCGAGAGCAGAGUUUUGCUAUCAUUUCCAUGUACAAGAGUAUCUUCCCAUCUGCACUACCUGCCCCAGGAUCCGAAGAGAGCGCCCCGUCUGUCAAGUCAACCACCCAAACCAACACAUUACAGCCAAUACCAUCCGCGCUGGCCACUUUCUCCCUGCAUCUCGUUGAGAUACUCUUUGAGACGCUGCGAGAAUAUCUGCCUAAUGUACAGGACCACUCCGCACGAGAUUCGCUUCUUACUCAAGUGCUUUAUUGUGCUGGCUCCCUCGGAAGACUCGGCGGUGAUUUCAGCAUGAUGAUUGCACUCCUUGAGGAAGACCUGAAAGCUGAGAUGGAUAUCGGUCAUGACCAAGACACUCGGGGGCAAGUCGUCGAGGAAGAGUGGGUGGAGGUUAUGAAGAAGCACAGAGUCCAAGCGUCAAGACUCGAGCUGCUAGCCUCUGGUGUGGGCACAGGUAGGACCAGCAGCUCUGCGGACCGGACUGCAAGCCCGGAUCUCCUUGCCGCGCAUUUAUUGGAGUCGACGACGUUUGCAUACGUCAAAAAGCUCUAUGUAGUCGCGCGUAUCGGAGCAGAUACCAAUAAUACAUACUUCUUGGACCUGCCUAUUCCGAGUGUCGUCCUGUGCGCGGAGACGAGCAAGAUUUCGCUGGACUGGAAAGCACUCUUCACAACUGCGUUCUACGAAGGUCAGCAUGUGCUGAAAGUCAAGAGCAGGACCCACCGCGACCUUCCGCAUGUGCAAUACUGGGACGUCGACUACCCGAUCGUGUUCACCAAUGAGGACUUUCACUGCGCGGUGGUGGUGGAUUAUUCCUUGUGCAAGGAAGUCCUGCAUCACCGGUGCGCGAGACACGGGUGGCGCCAUGAUCGGAACUGUUCGUCUGACCUCCUACACAUGAUCCAUUCAAUUGGUCGUCUCGAGGACUUUGUCCGUGGUGUCCUUAUUGAUGGAAUCUUUGCACGCAUCGAUUUGCAGUACGCGGAGUGCAGAGGCGGCCCAUGCACUGUUGUUGAUGAUUGA